AUGUGGCCUUUCUCUGCUCUCUUCCCUCCUCCCACUGAGGCCUGGCUUCGGACCGUGUCCUCGGACCCCGAGGCCCAGGGCUGGGGGGCCUGGGGUGGGGUCAGGAAGACUCCUCCAGGCCCAAGGCAGGGGGGCGGGAGAGCGGAGGAAGACGACGAUGAAGGCUUCUCCCUGUCCCUUUUGGAGCCGGCGAGCCUGGCUGAGUGCCCAGUACCUGACCGGGCCGAGGAGCCGCCAGAACCCCUUGGCUCUCAGGAAGAGGCCCGAGAGGAGACGCGACUCAGAGCCUGGCAGCUGCUGGACCCUGAAACCACAGGCUGCCCCUUCCCUGAGCCCCCCAAGGAGAAGGUGGAGGCUGACCACAGAUCCAUCUUUGUGGGCAAUGUGGACUACGGGAGCACAGCCCAGGAGCUAGAGAGCUACUUCCGCCACUGCGGGGAGAUUCACCGCGUCACCAUCCUGUGUGACAAGGUCUCUGGGCACCCCAAGGGCUAUGCCUACAUAGAGUUUGCUUCCCGGAGCUCUGCCCAGGCUGCGGUGGGGCUGAACGAGAGAACCUUCCGAGGCCGCGUCAUCAAGGUGCUGCCCAAAAGGACCAACAUCCCAGGGAUCCGUUCCACAGACCGCGGGGCACGGCAGGCGUAUCGGGGCCCCAGGGCCGUGCUCUACCCUCAGAAUGCCCAGGGUGGGCCUCCGCCCAGGGGGCAAAGGAAGAUUCUCCUGGUGGUGCAGAUCCCAGUGAAGGGCGGGCCGCAGGAUGAGAUCGCAGAGGCGGAUCUGGAGCGGCCGGCUGGGCUCCUCGGGGGACACUGA